UCAUAAUCAGAGGCAGAUAUAGAGAAUAGAGAGAGUGGUGGUGUUGUGUUGUGUUGUGCGGUGAAAAUGACAUAGAAAAAAUAGGCUCAGUUCAAUGAAGAUGAACCAUUCUCGCUUGUGUUUGUGUUGGGAGAAUCAGAGAGUUUCAAAGAAACAAACAGAACAGAGGAAGAAGGGUAGUCGCAAUAGCAAUGGCUUCCUUUGACUCUCUCGAUUCCUUCCUCUUUUCUCUCUGCACAAGCUUCUCCUCUCCUUUGGGCGUUUUUAUUCAGACCCAGGGAUGUCUAAUUUGCUUAAUCCUUGCUAUUGGUUGGUCUGGGGCUGCUUAUGUCAGGAACAGAGAGAUAAAUAGCAUAAAGAGUAGUAUGAAGAAGGGCAAUAGUUUUGCUUUCCUAUGUCAAGAUAUUUAUGAACUUGAGCACUCCAAUCAGGUCAAUCUUCCAAGAGUAACAGUAAUUAUGCCCCUUAAAGGAUUUGGAGAACACAAUCUCCAUAACUGGAGGACUCAGUUAACAUCUCUUUAUGGUGGCCCUCUAGAAUUUCUUUUAGUGGUAGAAAGUACAGAGGAUCCAGCUUACCAUCCUGUAUCAAGACUAAUAUCAGAAUUUAAAGAGCAAGGUGUUGAUGCUAGGGUUAUUGUAGCUGGUUUGUCAACAACUUGUAGUCAAAAAAUUCACAAUCAAUUGGUUGGAGUGGAGGCAAUGCACAAAGACAGCAAGUAUGUAUUAUUUCUGGAUGAUGAUAUUAAGUUACAUCCUGGAUCAAUUGGAACACUCGCUCGUGAGAUGGAAAAGAAUCCAGAGAUAUUUAUUCAAACUGGAUAUCCUCUUGAUUUACCAUCAGGAAGUCUAGGGAGUUAUUGCAUCUAUGAAUACCAUAUGCCUUGUUCAAUGGGAUUUGCCACUGGUGGAAAGACAUUCUUUUUGUGGGGAGGGUGCAUGAUGAUGCAUGCUGAAGACUUCAGGCAAGAUAAUUGUGGUGUAGUAUCAGAACUUCGAAAUGGUGGAUAUUCUGAUGAUAUGACUCUUGCAGCCAUAGCUGGGGCUCACAAAAAGCUCAUUACUUCUCCUCCUGUUGCUGUCUUUCCUCACCCCCUUGCAACUGAUCUUAAUUUCGGAAGAUACUGGAAUUAUUUGAGGAAACAAACUUUUGUUUUGGAGUCAUACACAACCAAAGUAAACCAAGUAAUGAACCGUGCAUUGUUUGCUGUCCACUGUUAUUUGUCAUGGGGGUUUGUGGCACCAUACUUCAUGGCAAUGAUUCAAGUCGCGGCGACACUAAGAUUUCACCUUAAGGGGUAUUCCCUUGAAGACAUGACCUACACUUCUGGUGGGUUAUCACUAGUGUACUUCCUUGCCACAUGCACUCUUGUCGAGCUUUUUUCAAUGUGGAACUUGACAAGGAUAGAAGUUCUACUUUGCAAUAUCCUGUCCCCAGAGGCAACCCCACUUUCUCUUGCUACCUACAACUGGUUUCUUGUAUUCAUUGCUAUGUUGGUGGAUAACUUUCUAUACCCUUUAUCUGCAAUUCGUUCUCAUUUCUCUCAAUCCAUCAAUUGGUCUGGUAUUCGAUACUAUUUGAAAGAAGGAAAAGUCAGCAAGAUAGAAAGAACUCCAAGAAGAGAGGAUGUGGAGCCAGUUUACACAGACUUGAGUGGAAAACAUUUAUAUGGAAUGAAAGGAUUGAAUACCAAAGGCUCAAUCAUCCGUUCUUUAUCCAGAAGUUUUGUACGGCGUCAACCCAAGAAAUCUGAGUAACUCGGAAGCGACUUUAUUCAUCACACGAAGAGCUCGUGUGGAUACGAGUUCACCGGAGCUUAUCUACUAUAAGAUACACUACAUAAGUUCCAAUAAGUGCUCUUUGGUUUACAUCGUGUCUCUGAGACAAGAUGGGGAAGUAAUGGUGUUGGUAGAUCAGUUGGUCUUAUUGUUUGGUGAUUCAUGAUUGAUUGGUUGAUCAGUAUGGUAGAUUCCAUAUUCCAUAUUUCAUUUUACUACAAAUUCAAUGCAUAUGAUUUCUAGCCCAAGCCCUUCCCAGUUGGAGCUAAUUUUGUAAUUAUAACAGUUCAGUUCUGCAUUGAAUGUUCAACAAUCAGGAAUCCCUAAAAUGUAUAUCCAGCCAGUGAUUCACAUUUAUUUUU